AUGGGGAAUCACUGUCUUAAAUCAUCAUCGCCAAGAGAUUAUGCGGGUUCUGUACCUGCGUUAAUAACCUAUCAGAAAGUUGGAACAACAUCGCGCAACACAUCUCAACUAGUUCUGAAAACGAUCGCACAUGACAUUAGCUUGGAAUCGAAGCGUCGAUCGGUGUCAUUGGUUGAAAGAAGACCGUCGAAUAAUUUACGUCAAUAUCCAAGACGUUCGUUAAUUCGAAAUUACAUCAUCAUUUGGUUAACAGCAAGUCUUGAUGACAAUUCGAAUGAAAUUAAUUAUCUGCAGAGUACAUUUCGUUCUUCGCGAAUUUUUACGAACAUUGAUGAAUUUUUCGCAUUUAUUCUUCAAAUCAAAGAAGAAAAAGUAUUUCUAAUACUUUCGGAAUCAUUCGCUGAGAAAAUUCUUUCAUUUAUCCAUGAAACAAGUCAACUUGUUGCAAUCUAUGUUCUUUCCACGAACAAAUCUCACAAUGAACGAUGGAUAAUUCAAUACGAGAAAUUUCAAGGUAUAUUCGUCACCAUUCAAUCCGUAUGCGAAAGUAUUCGAUACAAACUCCAACUCUCCGAAUAUAACACCAUUCUGUACGAAAUUCUGAAUUCGUCAAGAAUGAUUGUACAAUAUUUAACUAAACAAAUCCUCUUGAAUGAAACUAGCGAGUGGAAAGAAUCUCGAAAUCAUUUUCUUAACUACGUUCGUCGGAAAUAUCCAAACGAGUUGUAUAUUAUCGAAGAUUUUAAGGAUAAUUAUACGCGUUCGAAUGCAAUUUGGUGGUACACAAGAAAGUGUUUUCUUUAUCAUGCUUUAAACCAAGCGUUUCGUAGUGAGAAUUUCGAAGAACUCUUUCUCUUUGGCUCAUUUAUUCGAGAUGUUCAUCAACAAUUGAAUCACCACGACGACGAAUCGGUUCUUAUAAAUCUGAAGUUCGUUUAUCAUGGCCAAGGUAUAUUGGAAAACGAUUUGCAUCGAAUGCGAAAACACUAUAGUGAGUUUUUCACAUUCAAAAACUUCCUCUGGGCAACGACAGAUAAAGAUUCCUCGUUAAAUCUGGCACAAUUGGCUCGAGACACACGUCAUCUAUGUGGUGUUCUAUUUCGAAUUGAAGUCCCGACGUCAACAAAGUUGAUAUCUCUGGAAAAAUUCAGUUAUUAUUUAAAUUCCAAAAACGAUAUUCUUUUCUCUAUCGAUUCAUUUUUUCGUAUUGGUGAAGUCAAGAAACUGGAAGAGCAACUCUGGCAAAUCGAUUUAACGUUAAUAACUGAAGAUGAUUUGCAAAUUAAAGAUUAUCUCGAACAAAUCGAAGGCGAUACACUUUGGCAAAAACUAGGCUGUUAUCUCAUCGAAUUAAAGCAAUUCAUCAAAGCUGAAGAACUCUACCAAGCAUUGAUUCAAUCGAAUACAAUCAAAGAUUCUAAACAAUUAGCAUUACUUCACGAACAACUCGGAUUCAUUCAUCAUCAUCGACACGACAUAAACAACUCUUUAAUACAUUACAAAAAAGCUUUGAAAUAUUAUCUAAAUUAUCUUCCGUCUAGCGAUUCUAGUCUGCUGCCAAUUUAUCUUAACAUUGGAAUUCUUUUUUUCGAAGUGAAUCAAUCGAAUGAUGCAAUCAAACAUCUAAAAUGUGCGUUGAACAUUGCCGUCCAUUCGCAUCCGCUGGAUCACAUACAGAUAUCUAGUCUUCAUCAUCAUCUAGCAAAAGUCUACGAGCACGAUGGGACCUUUCUCGACGCAAUUCAACAUUAUCAAUCAGCUCUCGAGAGUGAACUUCAUCAUUUUCCAUUACAUCAUUCAUCCAUAGCCAAAACCUACAGCACAAUUGGAGAAAUGUUCUAUCGAACGGAAGAUUAUUCGUCCGCAUUGUCAUACUUUGAUAAAACAUUGGAAAUUCAAAAGAAAACCCUCGCACCAAAUCAUUCAUCAUUAGCUGCAACGAAUUAUAACCUCGCCCGAACAUUGUCGGGCUUAUUGUAUCAUAAAGAAGCUAUUGAGCAUGCGUCUCAAGCGGUGAAUAUCGCUCGUCAUGCGUUUGGAUCCGAUCACGAUGAUGUGCGAUUGUACCAAAACUAUCUAAAGAAAUUGAGACGUAAAACAUUAAUUAAUGUUAUCCCUAAUGGCGCAGUUUAUGAAUAA